AUGCCAUACUCACAACAUACGACCAUGUACGUCUCAACGAUUCCAGCCCACAAACCAGAAAUUCCGCCGCCGGACUCAACCUCCGAUGAGCUCGCUCCCCUCUCUUCCUCUCCUCCACCUCCGUUGACAACACCAACGUCAAUAUCGCUGCCCGACUUACCCGAGGAUGUCUUUCUCUUGGUCUUGACAGACCUUUCCGCGUGGGACGUCGUGUGCUGCCAGCGUGUCUCCAAGUCAUGGUGCGCCGUAUUCUCCAGAGACGAAUACAUCAGGUUCGUGCUGCAAUCGUAUCCGCGCGCCAGAGAGGUCCGGUCUCUUCCACCCGGGACCCUGCAUCUGCAUUCUCCCUGCCAAUCACAAGGCUCGCGGGACUGGAAGGCCGUCCUCGCCACAGUUGCCACGCGGUACCACCACCUCGCCCAAGGCACAGCGAGAGUGGUCGACAGAUAUCCCAUGGCUCCGGUUGAACAAUUAGGCGACUGGUUCCCCGUGGGCCAGUGGGAUUACCACGAAAGCCAGCCAGGAGGUCGGCUCUACUAUGAGACAGCGGCCAGUCACCUGAGUCGUGUUGGCACUAAGCCUUACCUCUUUAGACCGACCCUGUGGUCUUACGAUGACGGUCUUUUGGUCUUUGCGCCAGCCGAGUGCAAUGAAGAUGGCUACUUCCCGCAGAUCCUGGCUUUGUUGGAUGUUGAGACUGGCCACAAGUAUCCCAUCCCCUUUGACGUUCGAGGUAAGAUCAUCCGAAAUCUGCGCCUGAAAGAGCAUACCUUGAUCGUGGAAUGGGCCGAGAAGGACCCUUUCCACAACCUCAAUGCCAUGGAGCAAGUCAACCGGCAUUUUGCAAAUUGUUUCGACGUCCGGCGUACUUCCGGACGUGACAAGUCCUGGGAGGUGACCUGGCGUUCAGAAUGGAAGAUGCAUUUUCUCGGGUUGCCGCCCAAUUAUCACGACCGCUUCUUCUCGACCCACACUGCCUCCCAUUAUGCCGUGUAUUUCUGGCAGCCCAAUCGGAGCAUGUACACAGGGGACGAGGAGCUGCCCAUUGAGUCGCUCUCGGUCUGGGACAUUUCUAGUCCCUCGCCGUACAGACCUUCGACGGAUCCGUCUGGCAAAUUCCUCCCCACCGGGAAAGCCGGCCCGUAUAUCGUGUCGAGGUUUUCUUUCAGACAGAUGGAUCUAUUUGGCAUCCGUCAGCGCGCCAGCGUCGCCCUGAUGUCUCUCCACCUGGACUCGGAAACCCUGUCCCUCACGGUGCGCGAGAACGUGGGCGUGGCCGGCCAGGGCUACUUUGACCCGGCGGAGCGACUGUGGUGUGCCAAGACGACCACGUUCCCCUUCCUCGGCGAGGGCCCCAGACUCUUUAGAGAUUGGGACGGCAAUCUGCCUCCUUACCGCGGCCAUUGUAGCAUGGAGACGGCCGACGUGGAAGAAAGCGAGCGGUGGUUCCUGCCCAUCAUGGACGUGGUCGACACCGACGCCGGCGUCAGACUGAGCCUGGUCGAGACGUGCUUCUCGGGCCAGAGUGCGGACAACAGGCUAGUCGUGCGUAUCAAGGUCGACGCCGCCACUAACAAAGACUUUGCGGCCCUCGGGGAGGCUGCGCUCGGCUGGGCCACCCUCGACGACGACUUGACACGGGAAGUCUCCUUUAUGGGCCGCAUCGCCGGCGACGAGCGGUGGCUGAUUGGGCAGAACGAGCGCAUGGAGAUGGUGGUCAUGAAGUUUUGA